CUAGAGAUACUGCUCUAGAGAUACUGCUCUAGAGAUACCACAACCACCAUGCCUCCCAAAGCAAAACAGGCGCUCGACGCCAUCGACAACUACCUCCCUGAUGGCGACGACUUCGAGGACCCCUUCGCCUCGCCCACAAACUCCCCGACCCAGAGCCCCGCCAAGCGCAAGGAACCCGAUGGAGGGUUGGGUAUCGACGAGGAGAUCUCGGUCGCCAAGCGCGCACGGGUUCCACGGGUGAAGCUCGACGAGACUCGCCUCCUCUCAGACAAGGGAAUACCAGCUCUUCGCAAACGAGCGGGCCAGCUCAAGCUCAAGGGCAAGGGCCACGAGUUCUCGGACGCCGCCCGCCUGCUGUCCUUCUACCAGCUCUGGCUCGAUGACGUCUUCCCGAAAGCCAAGUUCCUCGACGCCCUAGCCAUGGUUGAAAAGGCCGGCCACAAAUCCAUCAUGCACAAGCAGCGCAUGGAUUGGAUCAACGAAUCGAAACCGAGGCCCAUGGACAGCGCCGAACCAAAGACGGCAUCCGCAGCUCCCGACGCACCAACAAGGGAACCUACCCGGAUAGCACCCAUCUUCGAGCAGCGGCCGAAACCUGCGGGAGACGACGCUCCCCUGGACGACGAGCUGGGUGAUUUGUACAAUGCCACCCCCGAGCCAGAAAGGCGGACAGGUGGAACCAUUGGUGGGGAGCCUGAUGAUGAGGACCUGGAUGCCCUGAUGGCCGAAGCAGAGGCCGCGCCAGGGGCGUCAAAACCUCGGCCAUCUGCACCCGCUGCCUCUACAAGCCUGUUUGGGCCGGGCACAAGUAGUUUGUUUGGGUCGGCCAAACCAGCAGCGCCGACUGUGAGCAGCGGCGGUGGGGCACCAGAGGACGUCGAUGACGACGAUCUGGACGCCCUCAUGGCCGAGGCGGAGCUGAAUGGCAAGCCAAAUAGCGAGGCGGCAACAGGGGGUCAAGCCCCAGCUCCGGCUGGGACAAGCUUUGACGAUGAUGAGGCGGCCAUGGCAGAGUUGGAGGGCAUGUGGUGAUUUUGGGCUAGUAGCUCAUCGCGUAAUGGAUAAAUAAUCAAUGAUUGACGAGUCUG